ACAGUAGAGUAACCAUGGUUAAGUAGAGACAGUAGAGUAACCAUGGUUACGUAGAGACAGUAGAGUAACCAUGGUUAAGUAGAGACAGUAGAGUAACCAUGGUUAAGUAGUGACAGUAGAGUAACCAUGGUUAAGUAGACACAGCGGAUGACAGAACUGAAGUAAACACAGGACACUAUCGCCACCUAGUGGUUGAACUGAUCAGAACUAACUCCUACUCUGAUGAUCCUGUUAUUUAUUUAUUUUGUAUUUUGUGUUGAUCUGUGUGUCGUAGUGUUGUGGCAGGGCCUGGCGUUGGGACUGAGCAGUUCUGCCUUGUGGUACCAAGUGGAGAGGAGAGACAGAGACAGGGCUGUGACCUGGAUCCAGGCCAGGCAGUUCUGUCAGAGGCACUACGUUGACCUGGCUGUCCUAAGCACCCAGGAUCAAUACCAGUUCCUUCUGCAGACCAUGGCUGCUGGUGAGAGGGACACCUUCUGGCUGGGUCUGCAGCCCCACACUGCCCCUGGUGGCUGGGGGUGGAAGUGGGUGGAUGGCCAGGGGCUGAGCUAUGAUCGCUGGUACAUAAAAAGUCCUGGACCUGGACUCUGUGGUUGUCUGGAGACCAGCCUCAAAGGGGAGAAUAAACUACUGUCCAGAUCCUGUGGCGAGACCGUGGAACGACAUGGUUUCAUCUGCCAAGGCGCUGUACCCCCUGAGCGGCUAAAGGCGGAGUCUGAAGGGACUGAUCAUGUGACUGUGCAUUGGGACACGCCCCCUCUGAUGCAGACAGCUGAUCAUAGCUACAGAAUUACCACAUGUAGCUUCCAGCCUCACCCUCAUCUUUCUCUCCUCCACCCUUCUCUCCCUCCUUGCCACACCCCUCCUCUUUUCCUCUGUCCUUUCCCCCACCCCCCUCAUCCCACCACCCCAUGUUGCGUCCUCCACCUCCCCUACUCCAACAGCUCCACCUCCCACUCCACCCGGAUCUCUGGCCUAACCCCGGGAACCCAGUACUCCAUCAGCGUUGCCACAGUGAUCACGCGCCCAGAUCCUGUCACCGGUGACAACGUCACCACCGACAGUGACCCAGUCACGGUGACCGUCACAACAAUAGGGGGCGGUGGUGGGCAGCAGGUGGUUGCCAUGGUACUGAGUGUGGUCAAGUUCAUCUAUCUGGCUGUCUUACUCUGUUUACUUUACCUCAUCCUGAAGAGAAAUGCUGUCCAGGCUCCUGAACUUGAUCUGGAAUCAGUAGAACUCCCUACUGAAGAAGAAUACAUUUUAGACAUGAUUAAAACAGGUCCUAAUGAAGAAUGCAUUGUUGAGCUUCCACCUGAAGAAUAAUGAAUUGUCUGACUAGAACUGGUUCUAGAUCAGUGGUGCCCACUCCUGGAGAAUGCAUUGUUGAGCUGCCACCUGAUUACAACUGGUUGUAGAUCAGAAAACAGCAGCUCUACCUGCUAAAUCUACCAGCUUUUCUUGAUAGUGUAAAGAUUAAUGGAGAAUAUAAAUUCAAGCUGCAGACAGUUAUUAGUCUUGAUACAAAGUUAUAAACAAAAUAGUUUUAUCUUAACAAGAUAUACCUGUUUAACUAUAUUAGAAAAUUACUUUAUUUAUUUAUUUGACGUUUUACCACACAUUGUCAGUAGUCAUGAUUUUCAUGCUGGGUAUGGAAACAUGUUGCCUCCUUAUGCAUAUAGAUAGGAGAAAUGUACAUUAGUUGUAUGUCAUAAAGUAUGUAAUAUAUAUAGCCUUUGUUCAAAAAUGACACCCUAUUCCCUACAUAGUGCACAACUUUAGACCAGAUCCUUAUGGCACCGUAUUCCCUACAUAGUGCCCUACGUAGCAAAAAGGAUGACAUUUGAGAUGCAGACAAAGGGAAAUAACAAGUGAAAGGUGAAAAGCCCAUGAAAAUGAUUUUUGUACAAAUGAUUUAGCUUUUUGUAUGAAUGAUUGAGCUUUUUGUCUGAAUGAUUUAGCUUUUUGUUAAAAUGAUUUAGCCUUUUGUUCAAAUGAUUUAUCUUUUUGUAUGAAUUAUUUAGCUUUUUGUCUGAAUUAUUUAGCUUUUUGUAUGAAUGAUUGAGCUUUUUGUAGACAUUAUUUAGCUUUUUGUCUGAGUGAUUUAGCUUUUUGUAGACAUUAUUUAGCUUUUUGUCUGAAUGAUUUAGCUUUUUCUCUGAAUGAUUGAGCUUUUUGCCUGAAUGAUUGAGCUUUUUGUCUGAAUGAUUUAGCUUUUUGUCUGAAUGAUUGAGCUUUUUGUCUGAAUGAUUGAGCUUUUUGUCUGAAUGAUUUAGCUUUUUGUCUGAAUGAUUGAGCUUUUUGUCUGAAUGAUUGAGCUUUUUGUCUGAAUGGUUUAGCUUUUUGUUCAAAUGAUUUCUCUUUUUGUAGACAUUAUUUAGCUUUUUGAACGAUUGACUUUAUUGUUGGCAAUUUGUCUUCUUCAACAAAACGUAUGAGUGGCUUAACAGCCUAACAUUGUAACAGGGUACUUCUAUAUUAGAAAUUUAACAGUAAAGUAACUUUUUGUGUUCUGGAAUUGACUGAGGUUCAUUUGUACUGCUCAAAUACUACUUUAGUCAAUAAAUAAACUC